AUGCACUCCACUCUCCAGUCCUCCCCUCCUCCGCUCUUCUAUCCCUUUCCUUUCUUUUGCUUCUUCCUUACCCCCUUCAUUCCUUCCACUACCUCUCUGCUAAUCGACUUCUACUCGCUAGUAUGCCUUCCCCCUACCUUCCCCAGUCCUAUCCUGACCUACUCGAGGUCUGAUCCAGCGCUUUUUGUACUGAUUGCAAUACCCUCAAAGACGAGAUUCUCGCCAUUUUUGCCUGUCCCACCGACAGUCUCGCUUGUCGAGAGCGAGUGCCGCCUUGACCGUCCUACUAAAAGCUUCUGCACCGCGCGCUCGGCUCAAUCAAGCGCCUCACUGAUCAGCAUCAGUGUUCUCGUACUCGCCGCAUUCACUCAGCGACCCCCGACUGACAUUCCAGUCCGUCUCGACAUUGUACACAAGGAUCGUACCACGCGAUUGCUGCGACGCGUAGGGCAGUGCCAGACAACGUCGAGACUGGCGCCGACGCAUGCGCCGCGCAGCGGCGCUUUGACCGGGCGGGGAAUGGGCGAAACUCGCCAUCAUGUCCACCUCGCCGAGACACCCCGCUCGCUGCUCGAGACGCCGAGCACGAUCCCUUCACGCACUUACGACGACGCUGACGUGCCGCUUGACGGCACAUCGAAGCCGGUGGGGGAAAUCCUUGUCAAAAUGUGUCCAGCGUCCCUCCCACGUCGCCGAGAGCUUGUCCCGCGACCAGGCAGACGACGAACGGCGGCAUUCACGGACGUCGACAUCGACCUCGACGAUGCCAAAACCAAGCUCAGAUCGCCCCUGACGAUAUCUCGACGCGCGCGGCACUCGCCGCGUAGAUAUACUCGCUGCUGCUCCCUCACGGUGGCGGCACAGCACGGUUUCUCGGGACGAAGUCGACAUUCCCCCCGUCCCCAUGCCGUUCGCCGGCAUGUUGCCAGGCCCAUGCGACGUUUCCCCUCGCAUCCAGCUCAUUUAAGCGAAGCGGCGCUAAUCAAUCGCCUAUCUAGCUACUUCAGCGACGCCUCGAAGACGCACGGGCAGCGCUUCGUGCUGCCCUGCAACCCACUCGAUUUCGGCAAGUCUCAAAACUUUUCAUUCCACUUGACCUUCAUUGACCACUUUGCAGUCGAUUCUAUCGUGCACCCACCCUUCCAUGCGUCGCCGAGGCAUGUUCUUGCGCUUGCGCCUCGUCCUCGGGUGCGGGGGAAGCGUUGGCCUCCCUUGGGAAGGUGGGAAAUCGAUGUUAAGCUUGUCCAUGACGCGGAUGCCGUCUCAAGCCAUUACCUUCGUCGUUGGGGAGCUUCGACGGCUGCAAGAACGCGGACAUGGGCGCUUUGA